GUGCUUUCUAAGGAAGGAAGAUGGGAUCAAGAGUGCCAUGGUACAUCCACGGGAUCUUCCUCGUCGCGUCCUGCGUGUUGCUCUCUGUUAAUGCCCCGUCUGAAUCUCAUAGUCUUCAGUACAACUUCUUUGCCACAUUCCAAUCUGAUGGACAAGACCCCUCAUAUUCAGUUCAUGGCUACCUAGAUGGUGAAUCACUCCUUCAUUAUGACAGCAAGAGCCAGAGGCCAGAGCCUCGGGGCUCUUGGUUACAUGGGAUUGUGGAGACAGAAGCUUGGAGUAAAGAAAACGGUAAUCUGAAGGAUUUUGGAGAGAAGUUUUUAAGAACUCUGCGAAAUGUCAUGGGCCAGAGCAACCUAAGCACUGAUUCUCAUACCCUCCAGGCAAUGCUGGGCUGUGAACUCAGUGAAGAUGGCAACACUAGAGGAUUUUGGAGAUAUGGCUGUGAUGGAGAGACCUUCCUUAUCUUCCACCCUGAGACACUCACCUGGGAAGCAGUCCAUCCUGCUGCUAGCAUUCUAAAGGAUGCCUUUGAGAAAGAGCCAAGAGAGAUAAAGAACCAGAAAGCAAGAGUGGAAGGAGACUGUUGUCAGCAACUUCGGAGCUACCUGGAAGUUUGGAAGGAGGAAAAAGCAGUGUUCCCAACACUGAGUGUGACUCAAAACAAGAACCAAGAUGGGAAGGUGACUUUGAGGUGUUGGGCUUACAGCUUUUUCCCUUGGGAUAUCAAUAUGAAUUGGGUGAAGGAUGGACGUGCACUGAAUCAAAGUGACCAGGAAGGAGGACUCAUCCAGCCUAGGGGGGAUGGCACCUACCAGACCUGUGUGUCUAUAGAUGCCCACCCUGAAGAGACUAAUUACACUUGCCAUGUGGUGCAUCAAGGAAGGAACCAAACCACCUCUGUAGCCUUGGAAUCUCAUAGUCUUCAGUACAACUUCUUUGCCACAUUCCAAUCUGAUGGACAAGACCCCCCAUAUUCAGUUCAUGUCUACCUAGAUGGUGAAUCACUCCUUCAUUAUGACAGCAAGAGCCAGAGGCCAGAGCCUCGGGGCACUUGGUUACAUGGGAUUGUGGAGACAGAAGCUUGGAGUAAAGAAAACGGUAAUCUGAAGGAUUUUGGAGAGAAGUUUUUAAGAACUCUGCGAAAUGUCAUGGGCCAGAGCAACCUAAGCACUGGUUCUCACACCCUCCAGGCAAUGCUGGGCUGUGAACUUGGUGAAGAUGGCAACACUAGAGGAUUUUGGAGAUAUGGCUGUGAUGGAAAGGACUUCCUCAUCUUCCACGCUGAGACACUCACCUGGGAAGCAGUCCAUCCUGCUGCUAGCAUUCUAAAGGAUGCCUUUGAGAAAGAGCCAAGAGAGACAAAAAACCAAAAAGCAAAAGUGGAAGGAGACUGUCGUCAACAACUUUGGAGCUACCUGGAAGUUUGGAAGGAGGAAAAAGAAGUGUACCCUUCACUAAAUGUGACUCAAAAGAAGAACCAAGAUGGGAGGGUCACUCUGAGGUGUUGGGCUUACAGUUUUUUCCCUCGGGACAUCAAGAUGACCUGGCUGCAGGAUGGACAUGUACUGAACCAAAUGGACCAGGAAAAAGUAAUCAUCCUGCCUAGUGGAGAUGGCACCUACCAGAGCUCAUUGUCUAUAGAUGUCUACCCUGAAGACUCUAAUUACACUUGCCAUGUGGAGCAUCAAGGAAGGAACCAAACCACCUCUGAAGCCUUGGAGGUGCAGCAGAAGAUGUGUGUCUUGCCUGGUCUGCCUUAUGGUGGUGUUGUUGCUAUUUUUCUUGUUGCUGCUGCUGCUAUUGCCUGUGUAAAAGUGAGAGCUUGGAGAAGGAAAAAUGUGCCAUGUAAAAGAGAGAAGCACCAGCAGAAUGGCAUCAGUGUGUGAGCUAUUACACAGGACCUUUUGAUUAAUGCAACUCCAGAUAACUUUGUUCAGCUACUCUUUCAUCAUUAAGAGACUGAUGCUGGUCAGGAGAAGAAGAAAACAUUUUCAUCAGUUACAUUGAUGAUGUCUUGGGCAGGGGCCAGAAAGAAGAGGAAUUACCUUAAAACCUUCCCAUUUGCAGACUAUAGUGGUUCUAUCAAGAUCUCCAUGAGAUGGGGACAACUAAGUGGCACCCUCAUUGCCAUGCAAAAAAACCCAACCGAACAAAAACCACUACCUAAGCAAUCAGACUCACAAUUUAUACAGGCCAACCAAAUGGAAGAAGAAUUCUCCUACCCUUGCUCUGGGUUCUAUGUCCAGAUCUUCAGUUUUAAGAUGCCAAACUUCUAGGUAUUCUUAUUGAAGUGUUCUACUUGUAGAGCAUCUUUUUUUUUCUAAAAAAAAAAAAGACAAUUCAACA